UGAAAGAUCUGCUUUGCAAGACAACGCACCGCACUACUUCCUUUUCCAUUAUAUAUCAUGCUGUAUAUUGUAGGUCUUGGUCUAUCCGACGAAACAGAUAUUACCGUCAAAGGUCUUGAAGCUGUGAAAAACAGUGAACGUGUAUACUUGGAGGCCUACACCUCUAUUCUCACUGUCGGCAAAGAAAAGCUCGAAGAAUAUUAUGGGAAGGAGGUUAUAGUUGCCGACCGAGAAAUGGUCGAAUCCGACAGCGAUUCUAUCUUGGCCAACGCUGAUUCAGUGAAUGUCAGCUUUUUGGUCGUUGGCGAUCCUUAUGGCGCGACGACUCAUACAGAUCUCGUCAUUCGGGCCCGCGAAUUAAAUAUUCCUGUGCAGGUUAUCCACAACGCUUCGAUUAUGAAUGCUGUAGGAGCUUGCGGUUUGCAAUUGUACAACUUUGGACAGACUAUCUCUAUCGUGUUCUUCACAGACACAUGGCGCCCUGACAGCUUCUACGAUCGCAUCAAGGAGAAUAAGGAUAUCGGAUUACAUACAUUGUGUUUGCUUGAUAUCAAGGUGAAAGAACAAAGCAUUGAAAAUUUGGCCCGAGGACGUUUGAUCUACGAACCCCCACGUUACAUGACGGUUAAUCAGGCUGUUGAGCAGCUUUUGGAGAUUGAGGAGAACCGUAAUGAGGGUAUCUGUACUCCUGAUUCCUUGGCCAUUGGAUGCGCGCGCAUUGGCACAGAUUCCCAAAAGAUUGUUGCCGGCCCUCUUCGCGAGCUCGUCGACGUGGACUUUGGCGGUCCAUUGCAUUCAUUGGUAUUGAUUGGCAGUCGAAUGCAUCCUAUGGAAGCCGACUUUGUGCGGGCUUAUGCAGCGAAUCCUGCCACAUUUGAUGAACUUGUUAAACAGCAGUACAAAUUCUAGAAAAAUCAUCCUACAUCAUCUCUAUCCUCUCGACAAAAUAGCAUCAGUGAAUUAUCAUGACAUUUGACGUGCAUCAAAACAACAAGCAUAAAAUGUAGUGUCAGCAGCGUUGAUGGCUAUAAAUAGAAAUUUCCCAAAUCCAUCUGCAAGUGAUUCAAGAUUGGCUGCAA